AUGAGCUUACAGGCUACGCCCACACUCCUGCAGCUAGCAAUGCAAAGUCUGCUGAGGGACGAGGCCCUGGCCAUCUCUGCUCUGCAGGACCUGCCCGUGGAGCUCUUCCCGCCACUCUUCAAAGAUGCCUUCACCAACAAACGAUUUAACAUUCUGAAGAAGAUGGUACAGGUCUGGCCUUUUCCCUGUCUCCCACUGGGUGGUCUGAUGAAGAUGAAGGCUCCGUACCUGGAUGUCUUACAAACCAUACUGGAUGGGAUUGAUUCGCUGCUUGACCAGAAUAUUCACCCCAGGACGUACAAACUGCGAGUUCUGGAUCUACGAGCUUUGCACAGGGACUUUUGGACUGUAUGGGCUGGAGAUACGACAGGAGUCAAGUACAAGAGAAGAACACAAAAGAGGUGUCCAAAGAUAGUAGCCAAGCCAAACUCGUUUAAAGUGUUUGUAGACCUGUGCCUCAAACGAAGACCCUUGGAUGCAACCCUCGCCUAUGUCUUCCUGUGGGCGAGCCAGAGAAAAGCUCGGCUGCAACUCGGCUGUAAGAAGCUGAAGAUCAACACGGUGGCCAUCCAGAGCAUCUUGAAUGUUCUGGACAUGCUGGACUUGGACUACAUGGAGGAGGUAGAGGUGUGCUGCAACUGGAAGCUGUCCACUCUGGCCACCUUUGCUCCUUACCUGGGCAGAAUGAGAAAUCUUUUCUCGUUCAUUCUCUCUCACAUUCAUGUGCCUACCUCUAUUGACCCUGAGGAGGAGAAGCAGUUGGUCAGCCAGUUCACCUCUCAGUUUUCCAACCUGCACUGCCUCCAGGACCUCUCCCUGGACUCCAUCGACUUCCUCCAAGGUCAAAUGGAUCAGCUGUUCAGGUGCCUGGAGGCCCCCUUGGAGAUCCUCUGUAUCACCGAUACCCAGAUGUUAGAAUCAGACUUGAAGUCCCUGUCCCAGUGUCCAAGCAUCCGACAGCUCAAACACCUGAACCUGAGUGGUGUCACUCUGACCGACAUGAGUCCUGAGCCCCUUCGAGUCCUGCUGGAGAGAGUUGCAGCCACCCUGAAGACCCUGGACUUGGAGAACUGUAUGAUUAUGGACUCCCAGCUCAAUGUCUUCCUGCCUGCCCUGAGCCAAUGUGUUCAGCUCAUCAUGUUCAAUUACUUACGGAAUCCCAUCUCAGUGCCUAUUCUGGAGCGCCUGCUGUACCACACCUCCGGGCUGAGCUGCUUAAGCUUGGAGAUGUAUUCUACCCCUCCGGAGAUUUAUGGUGCCCAGGGUGCUUCCUACCAUAAGAGGCUUGAUCAGCUUCGAGAGGAGCUGAGCAAGACAAUGAUGAAUCUAGAACACACCAGAACGGUCUGGUUCAGUGUUGCGCCCUGUUUUCCUGGAGGCAACCAGGCCAUAUGA